GUCAACCACAACUAAAAAAGCAAAAUCUUUUGUUUUCUUUGAGGUGGAAAUCCUUGAUGCCAAGACCAAGGAGCAGCUCUGCUUCCUCGACAAGGUGGAGCCAAAUGCUACGGUUGGUGAAAUAAAAUCCAUGUUCCAUAAGUCGUACCCUCAGUGGUACCCAGCAAGGCAGUCCAUCAGAUUAGAUCCCAAGGGAAAGUGUGUACGGGAUGAAGAAAUCCUACAGACCCUCCCAGUUGGCACAACUGCGACAUUCUACUUCAAAGAUUUGGGCCCACAAGUAGGCUGGACCACGGUGUUCCUGACUGAAUACGCAGGUCCGCUCUUUAUCUACCUGCUCUUCUAUUCUCGCCUGCCAUUUAUCUAUGAAGAAAAGGAUGAAUUUACCAGCAGCCCUCACACUGUGGUGCACUUGGCAGGGUUUUGCCACUCUUUCCAUUAUGUCAAAAGGCUGAUUGAAACUCUCUUUGUGCAUCGCUUUUCUCAUGGUACAAUGCCUCUUCGCAACACUGUUAAAAACUGUUUCUACUAUUGGGGUUUCACUGUGUGGCUGGCUUAUUUCAUCAACCACCCACUGUACACACCUCCCUUAUAUGGUGACCAACAAGUCCAUCUGGCUCUAUAUACUUUCCUGGUAUGUGAAGUUGGAAAUUUCUCGAUCCAUAUAGCCUUGAGGAACCUGCGUUCAGAGGGAUCCAAGAUGCGCAGGAUUCCUUACCCAACGAAGAAUCCUUUCACUUGGCUGUUUUUCUUUGUGUCCUGCCCCAAUUACACCUAUGAGGUGGGAUCCUGGAUUGGUUUUACCAUAAUGACACAGUGUCUUCCAGUUGGUCUCUUUACCCUGAUAGGUUUCUUCCAAAUGACCGUUUGGGCUAAAGGCAAGCACCACAUGUACCUGAAAGAGUUUAAGGAUUACCCCACCUUCCGCAUGCCAAUAAUUCCUUUUUUGCUAUAAUGUAGAACAAUUUGAAGCCAUAGAGCAGCAAAAGGAACAAAGCCAUCUUGGCAGAAAUUCUGAACCUUAUCGACGUACUGACAUUCUGUACCAGGGCUUUCAAUGCAUGUCAAUCUUCAGCAUGGGACCGCCAAAUUAAACUGCUCACGACUGUGUUAUUGACUCAGGUCUCUGUUUGUAGCACACUCCCCCAACUCAAGAACAUUGUUGGUAGAUUAUCUUAUUACUCUUCACCGUUGCAUUAUAAACCAGGUCGAUCCAAGGCUAGAACCUCCCUCAUGACCUUACAUUAACUUUGCCUUGCGCUGGUGCUCAAACGUUUAAUCACUUCUCAUGCUGCACAAUCACAGUCUUUGAUACUUUCCUGUCCGCUAAGCAUGUUUGCUGUUGCCUGAGUGUAGAGAUGGAGAACUUCACUGUUACUGAGACUUUAUAUACACAGAUGCUCACAACAAAUUAAGGGCAGCCUAUGCGUGUUAUUUUGCAGAUCCUUUGCUAACACUGUUUGUCUCUGAAUAAAAAGUUUAGCUGAAAUGUUUUCUCCUCUUUUCAAAUCCAUAAGUGCCAAAUAAAGGAAGAAAUGAGA